AUGAAACAUUAUUCGUCCCUUUAUUUCUUUGGUGAACUUGGUGCCAUUGGAGAGCCGGGGUUAAAGGGUGAUCUUGGGCCUCCAGGAGUUGAAGGGGAGCAGGGACAGGAGGGAAUCAGAGGUCCUCCUGGUCCCCCUGGUGAAGACGGUCCUCAAGGGAAAGAUGGACCCAAGGGUGAUCCUGGUGAGCGUGGGCCCAUUGGAGAACCAGGGGACAAAGGGACAGAAGGAGACCCUGGGCCCCCAGGGCCACCCGGUCAGCCUGGGAAACAGGGUUUUCGUGGGCCAGAAGGAAAACUGGGGGCUCCAGGAAACAGAGGACGACACGGAAAGAAAGGAGAGAAAGGUCCUCCAGGGCUUGCUGGUGAGGUUGGCACACGAGGAGACAACGGCCAGCCAGGCGAGGCAGGGCUGAAAGGUGCCAGAGGAACUCGAGGCCCACCAGGUCGGCCUGGAGUCAUGGGGAGAGAAGGGCAACUUGGAUUGCCAGGAUACACAGGUCACCCUGGCAAGCUUGGACCCAUUGGACCACCCGGGCCUAAAGGUGAAAAGGGUUAUCCAGGCGAGGACAAUACGACCCCAGGACCCCCAGGGCCCUUAGGUGAACCAGGGCCUCCAGGUGAACAAGGAGAGCGUGGAGAGCCAGGGGAUGAAGGAUAUCAGGGCCACAUUGGUACCACUGGAUCUCGCGGGGCUGUUGGACCACCAGGCGCACCGGGAUCACCAGGCCUGCCAGGAGAACCAGGCCCGAAAGGAGAGAUAGGCACUCUGGGCUCAGCGGGAAAGAAAGGAGCAAGGGGGUUGAGUGGAGCUCCUGGUGUUGAAGGGCCAACAGGUUUUCCUGGAUUCACAGGAUUAAGUGGUUACCCCGGCCCAGAUGGUCACCCAGGACUUACUGGUUUACCAGGAUUACCAGGAAAACAAGGGCGACAGGUAAUCAACAACAUCAUCAUAUACCAAUAA